AUGAGCAGUAAUCGGUCGAGAUCCAACUCUCCGAACCCGGAAUAUAUAUAUAGACGGUCUACGGCUAAGAGAUCUCCAUCAAUUUUGGUUACAGAUGCGAGAAAUGACUCUGUAAAGGGAGUACGGGCUCCCUUUGCAGGCCAAAGUUAUAAGAAACAACAACAACAACAACAAGAGCUCCAACAGAAACAGAUACUGCACGAACAAAAUAUAUUAAAUAACUCUCAUCAUAAUAAUUCUGGUCAGCAAUUCCAAUCACUUCAACAACAGCAACUUCAUCACCAGCAACAGCAGCAACAACAACAACAGCAGCAGCAAUUCUUACUUCAAAAGCGAUUAUCAGCAUCCCGGUCCAACAAAUACACAGAUAUAUCUGUAGACAAGCUUCUAAGUAACUCCAGUGAUAUCCCAUCUGGUCAGAGUCGUUUCCCUCUGCCUCUAGUCGGACGUAACGGGAGUAAUCUGCCACUUAGAAGAGAUGUAACCCUUGCAAAUGGACGCCAGCGGGGCCUGGCGACAAUGUCAGACAAUCCAUUAAGGAAAAAUAUCAGAAGUAUUCCCAAAUUAUCCCAAUCUCUUCCAAGUAGAACAUCAAAAACAUCCCAAAAAUUGGUUUUAAUACCCGAGCACCAACAACAAUACCGCCAUGGAUCCACAUCUCCCCCACCAGUCCUACAUGCGCCUCUGGCAUCUUCCAAUUACCCACCAGUUAUAACCCCAGACCUCCAAUCACAAAUCCAGAGAUCAAGAGCAGAACUUAUGCCCAAGGAAGCUCGUGAACAUGAAUUCAAUAGAAUGACAGCAUAUUUCAUUUGUGAACAGUUUGACUUGUCAGCUGUAUCCAAGUUUUUGAGAGAAAAUCAUGAGGUUAAACCACGAUUAUACGACGAGGCCUUGUAUGUUCCAUAUUCACUUCCACUUCUCCCUGGUGCAGAAGGUUAUCGGGUUAAAUCUAAUAAUUCUGCCAAAUUUUUACCUAGAAAGAAGUUCAUUGAAAACAUGAUUACCAAAUCAGAACAAAGAGAUCAUUUGUAUGAGUACUACUCAGGAGUAGAGACGCCAGAAGAUGCAAAUAAUUAUUCCAUGGAUCCAGAAAAUGAAAACUUUGAUAAUAGUACUCCAUUCGAUCCUUCAGAACCACAGUUUUUCGCACCCCCACUUGAAACAAGACUCAGCGAAGAUGGUGAAAGAGAUGUAGAAUUGAGAUCUCAUCGAAAUGGAGAUGGGAGAAAUGGUGACGAAACUGAAGACAAGAAUAUUAACGAUUCUAAUCAAGAUACAAUUAAGGAAGAAGUCCAGAAUUUUCCUUCUCAAAAUAAGGGGCCUAUCCCAGAUACUGAAUCUAAAUCCCCACUGUCAGAACUAUCUAAACAUCACGCAGAAAUGUUUAUUUUUGCUUAUGGAAUUGUUGUAUUUUGGAAUUUUUCUGAGAUUCAUGAAAAGAAUAUUUUGGCAGAUCUUGCAUUUGCAUCCGAUGACCCUAAUCCAUUAUUGAUUAACCCUAUUAAUGAAGAGGAUAUUGAGACGGAAGAGUUCCAUUUUGAGUAUGAUAACCUGAUCCAUAGACCACGUAUUUACAAUGAUAUGAUUACUCUUCGAUCUGGGGAUCAGCUUAUCAAGUUGACCAUGUCGCAUGCGAUUGCUCAGCUGACAAAGCUAUGUUUAUUUGAAAGCCGAAUGGUAAAUGUUCUUGGUCUGAUAUCAAAAUUACCCAAAAAAUUAGCUCUUACUGGUCAAUUGGGUCUCAAAAGGCAUCAACUUUUGAAAAAAUCAGGGAAACUUUUCAAAUUGAGAGUUGAUGUCAAUCUCUCAAGUUCAAUUUUGGAUACUCCAGAUUUUUUUUGGUCACUUGAGCCUGCUCUUCAUCCAUUGUAUACUGCGGUACGUGAGUAUUUGGAAAUCGAUCAACGUGUUCAAGUACUUAACGAUAGAUGUAAGGUAUUUUUGGAAUUUCUGGAUAUUGUGACUGAUAGUAUGAAUGAGAAAAAUACCAACAGAAUUACUUGGAUGAUUAUUUUAAUAAUUUUCAUUAGUCUUUCUGUAAGUAUUUUUGAGUUUAUACUUGAUAUGUUUGAAUAG